GAAAAAUAAAAAAUCGGGGUUGGGUAACGGUAGGUUUUUCAUGAAUUUAAUUUGAUUGUUUGUAUGUAACUUGUACGGAACCGCCUAUAUCGCAAAUCCGACUUUACACUUCAUUUGGUACUUUUUAUGUGUUGUAUAUUGUAUUGGUGGAUUUUUUACCUUAAUUAAAAAUACUUUUUGUUUUUUAAUCACACGUGUAAGAAGUUGGAUGAGGUCUAGAUGAGGAAUCACAAUGAUUAGAUUUAUCAAUGGCCUUGGCGGCUCAACGCUAAAGUUUAUAUAUAAUAGGAGUGCUUGGAUAAAGCGGAUUUGUACUGUGACCGAGCUUUUGACCGGACUGUGUUAUCGAGUUUUUAUAUUAUUAUAACUAUGAGUGCCAUAAAUACGUUUGUUUUGCUGACGCAAGUUAUAUUUAUAUAUGCAGCGUUACCUCCGAUUGAAAAAUGCCAACUCAGUGACUCAGGCUGCGUUUUGAAGUCUUCCCAAAAUGCUUUGUCAACUUUCGUCGCUGGAAUCCCAGAAGUUGGUACUGAAGUCUUGGAGCCCGUCCACAUUGAUAUCAUUAAGAUCGACCUCUCUGGUUUGAAGCUCACCAUCAAAGAUGCUGACAUUAAAGGGCUGAAAGGCACUGUACUUGAUAAAGUCAGCUUCGACACUGGUAAAAAGGAGCUCCGUGUUAACUUCCACGCUGCCCUUGUGUUGAAGGGCAAAUACAAGGCUGGAGGUCGCUUGCUCAUCCUGCCCAUCAGCGGUGAUGGAGAUGUUACCAUCAAAAUCAAAAAGCUCGAACUUUUCCUGACCAUGGUUUACGACAUCGUAAAGAACGAGAAUGGCAAGGAUGUCAUUGACCUGAAGAGCUACAAAUACACUUACGAGAACAAUGAGAACACGCAUUUCAAACUGACGAACCUUUUCAAUGGAAACAAAGCGUUGAGUGAUGCCAUGCACACAUUCAUGAAUGACAACUGGAAGGCGAUUUCGCAAGAAUUCGGAGACCCCAUGCUUGAAAAACCAGUUGAGAAAAUAUUCACCGCCAUGAAAACUUACCUAAGAUCGCAACCUUUAGACGAGAUUGCUAAUGUUUAAUUUAUUACCAAAUAUUAUUUUUAAAGAAUUAAUUAUUAUAUGCUACGGUUAAGGAUUUGGAAGAAAGGAAAUACAAUUAUUUUAUUACAUAA